AACACUGCCGGAUUCAACCACGCCGCCCCCAGCUGUUGUAGACGCUGCUUGCUCGGCGUCACCAUCUCCUUCCGUCGCCAGCAGCCCUGUAAACACCACCGGAUUCCGCCGCGCCUCCCGCAACCACUGCUCCUUCGUCCUUGGUCCGUCGCUAGCGCCUCCCCGUGCAGUCAAAUCACUCUUAGCUGCCCAGAAACAAUGAGAGGGAGCAAAGAUAAGAAGAAAUUUCACAAAAAGUUUGGUGGAAGCAGAAACAUGUCUGAGGCUCUCCUUUUAUCGCUGAUACACAAGCUGGAGAUUGCAGAAACAGCGGAGACCUAUAAAAUGAAUAUGGAAUGGUUAGUUAAAGAGAUGAGAGAGAUUGUGGAUAUUGUGAAGGAUAAGAAAUUGAAAGAGGAAAGAAGCCUUAAUUUUUUAGUAUCCGACCUUGUCGACGUGGCUGACGAUGCCAUCGACCUUUUCAAAAACCACAUUCAUAUGAGCUCUGCAUCCAUCCAUAAUUCGAUGGGAGAGAUCAAAAAACAGAUGCUUAAACUGGAAGAUGGUGAGUCCAACAUGACAUCAUCGGAAAAUGUUGAUGAUAACUAUGUGGUGGGGUUGGAGGGAGAUGUGGAAUUUCUGAUUCGAAAAAGGAUUAUUGGUAGGGGAGGAAUCAGCCUUUACUACUAUUUCGUGAAGACUCUUCUUAUCAAAGGGAUGAGUGGUAUUGGAAAGACAACUCUUGCGAGAGAGAUAUACAACCAUGCAUCCGUCAUUCAGCACUUCGACACCCGUGCAUGGGUGUCUGAUUCUACUUCUAUGAAAGAGCUACUUAUCAAACUAAUACAACAGGUAGAAGAUCCUCAUACAUCUUCCUUAUUGGAGAAUAUGGACAACCAAAGCCUCCGAGAUAUGAUUCGCCAACACCUGCGAGGAAAGCGAUUUCUUAUAAUUCUCGACGACCUGCCCAAAAAAAUGCCCUUGAAGUCUUUGAUGAAUGCUUUUCCACAACAAGACGACGGAAGUAGAGUGCUGCUCACAAGUCACACUACGCCUAUCGACAUAGAAGUAUUUUCUGAAAAUGUUUAUAAGAUGGAACCUUUGGAUUCUAAGAAGAGCUGGCAAUUGUUUCUGAAAACAAUAAACCAUGGCAAUAGAUUGAUGGGAGAGCACCAAUUCCCAAUGGACUUGGAGCAUAUGGGAAAACAAAUGUUGAGAAAAUGUGGCGGUCUGCCAUUAGCUAUAAAAGUGGUGGGAAAGCAGUUAGCAGAAAAGAAACUCUCGGGAGGCAGUGAAUGGGAACAACUUCUUGAAUCAGUUGAUUUUGGUCCAAUAUUGAAGUUAUUGGAACCAUUUUAUCUUCAAUUGGAUCCCGAGCGGCAGUUAUGUUUCAUGUGUAUGGCCUUCUUUAAGGAAAAUACAACUUUGAGGAAAGAAAAGUUGACACAGAUUUGGGUUGCAGGAGGAGUGCUACAGAGUUCAGAAGAUCAGUGUGAAAAAUAUUUAGAGGAUUUAGUCAAUGAAUCCGUUAUUGAUGUCAAUGACAAGGGCACCAAGUAUCGUAUGAAUGUUGUGCUACACAUGCUAUCCAUCCAAAAGGCAGAGGAGAAACUAGGUUUCGAGAUCCUAAGGAACAAUGGAAAUAAUCGGCCCUCUGAGAGUCCUCGUCAUCAUCGUGUUAUCAUUUGUAGCAGAGACAAGUUCAACUACUCCACGGAUCAAGAUAAGCAUCUUGUUUCUCUCUUCUUCCAUGGAGGUGGCUACUUGGACACUAGUCCAUCUUAUUGGAAGAGCUUUGAACAACUUAAGAUACUCGACUUGGAAGAUUUUGGGUUGAAGUUUUUACCGGAAACUAUCUGCACAUUGAUGGAAUUAAGAUACUUGGGAUUGAGAAACAACUACAUAAAAGAGCUUCCAGAGUCGUUGGGGUGCUUGGAAAAGCUUGAGGUUCUUGACAUAGCUCAAAACUUUAUGUUGGAGCUGCCAGAUGUUAUAUGGGAAUUGCAUAGCCUUCGCCACCUCUACAUGUCUAAUCUGAUUUACCGGAAGCCUUUGAAGAUUGACACGCUACAGGAUCUGGAGACCUUAACCUACGUCUCUGUUGAUAAUUGGACAUAUGAGCUCUCGGAUUUAGUAAUGUUGACUGAGCUUUGGAGAUUGGGGAUAGAAGAAGUGGAUGAAAACUCAGAUGUAAGCAAGCUCUUUGCGUCAUUGGCUGAGAUGUACUGUCUUAAACACCUAAUCUUAAGAGGGUAUCGUUUCAGAAGUAUGCCUUGUUUGGAUGAGCUUCGUAUUCUAUACGGACUCAAAACACUCAAAUUAGAUGGACUCCUUGCAAGGCUUCCAACAAGUUUCCCUCCAGAACUUGAAUCAUUGACGUUGAUUAAUAGCUGUCUUGAUGAAGACCCCAUGCCUCUAUUAGGGGAGAAGUUACCCGAGCUAAAAUACCUCAAAUUGCGGAAUGCAUACACUGGUCAACAAAUGGUGAUCUUAGGCGAUGGCUUCCCUGGUCUCGAAAAAUUGUGCAUCGAAGAGUUGUGGAAUCUAAGAAAUGUACGAUAUGUAAAAAAUGCAAUGGGUAAUUGGCUCAUGAAAUUAGAAAUCCAUGAUUGUCCAUAUCUGGAUACCCUCCCGGAAGAGAUUGUGUCGAUGACUAAUCUGAGGGAGUUAAAGAUGGUGACAACCAAAAGCAUUGCAACAAAGAUGAAGAAUUCACACUUAACCUCCAAGAUAGCGACGGCGAAUAUCAAUCCUAUGAGCUAGAGCAGUUGGCGUUAAUCUGGAUAAUUGAUUUAUCUUCUCCAUUUGUGUGUUUGUAAAUGACAUUUAGUUGCUUUGGCAACUGUGAGUUCUUCCUGUCUUGUUGGUACUCUGUUCCUUCUCAAGUUACUGUAGAUUUUGGCCACAAAUGGUG